AUGGGUGCAGCUAAUACUGAAUUAAGAUAAAAUUAAUAAAACGCUCCUAUGUGUAAUGCUCGUUUACGUUAGAACUUAAAAAGAUACCAUGGGUUACUUUAAAUAAAAUUAAAAGUUCCUAUUUAUGAUUCAUUUUCUUUAUCUUUAGUAUAUUCUCCUGGUGUAGGAGCUAGUUGCUUAGAAAUAUAAAAAGAUUAUAAUAAUAUAUAUAAAUAUACAAAUUUAGGUAAUGCAUUAGCUUUAGUUACUGAUGGAACUGAUUAUCAUGCUUUUGAAACUAAUAAAUGGCAUAUAGAUGCUGCUAUUCCUUAAUUAGAGGCUAAUUGCUUAUUUUAUAAGAUACAUACAAAUAUAGAUGCUUAUCCUUUCGUUAUUAACAUAAAUAAAUGCCAAAAUAUUGAAGAUUUUAUAGAGGCUUUUACUAGUUUAAGCUCUUCUUAUGUCGGAGUUGAGCUUUUUAAUGUAAAAGAAGAACGAAGUUUGUAAAUAUAAGAUAUUUUAUCGAAGAGAAAUGACGUUUCUUUACUUAUUUUCGGUUCUCAUUAAAGAAACUAUAUUAGAUAGUUGUUAAAAAAAAAUGGUUUAGAUAAGGAAUUGCCUUGUGGGUUUAUUUCUUCAAUUAUUUUAAGAGGAUGUAUGGAUUGUGUUGUGAAGGGGUUUGUUCCAAAUAGCUUAAUAGAGCAUGUUUUUGAGAAAAUAAUGGAAAAUAAGGAAGCUUUAAAUAAUAAAACUAAAUUAACAGUAAUUUUAUAGAAAGUUUGUGUGGAAUUUUUACAUGCAAAUAAUAUUUUUACACCUAUUUAUACAAAAGAGAGUGUUAUUGCAAGAUUUAAGAAUUAUUUCUUUGAAGGAAAUAAAGCCUGGAUUUAAAGAUGGCCUAAUGAUUUUCAUUUAAUAGGACAUUCUCAUGAAUAAAACUCCCUGGCUUUACACGCCAGGUUUUAGGGAAUGAUUAAGACUUAAUCGAAGAUCAAAAUGAAAAGUUUGGAUGAUGUAUUUGAGUUGAUUUAGUAAGCCUCAUAUGAGGCUAUUGAAGACGAGAUAUUAUUAUAGCCUAGUUUAGUUAGAGAAUUGACUUUUAAAAGCAAUUGGGCUGCUAUUAUUAGCAAUGGCACAGCUGUUCUAGGUUUCGGAGAUAUUGGGGCAGGAGCUGGUUUACCUGUAAUGGAAGGAAAGAGUUGUAUUUUUAAAUAAUUAGGAGGAGUAGACCUAGUUCCGAUAUGUAUUUAGGAAAAAGAUCCUAAGAAAUUAAUUAAUAUUAUUGAAAGAAUUGCACCGGUCUUUAGUGCCAUUAAUUUAGAAGAUAUAAAAGCUCCAGAAUGUUUCGAAAUUGAAAAUACACUCAAAUAAAGACUAGAUAUUCCUGUUUUUCAUGAUGAUUAGCAUGGAACAGCUAUUGUUACACUUGCUGCAGUAUUAAAUUGCUUAAGAUUAACAGGAAAAAAAGCCGAAAAUAUUAAAUUAAUUGUAAAUGGAGGAGGGGCAGCUGGAUUAUCUAUAACUACUUUAUUACUUGGUAUUGGAAUAAAAAAUAUCAUCAUAUGUGAUACAAAAGGUUCUAUAUAUAAAAAUAGACCUAUUAAUAUGAAUAAACAGAAAGAUGAACUUGCUGAAUUGACGAAUCCUUAAAAUGUAAUAGGUAGCUUAGAAGAAUGUGUUAAGAAAUCUGAUGUUUUUAUAGGUGUUUCGGCUGCAAAAGCCUUUAAACCUGAAUGGGUAAAGACUAUGAAUGAAAAAAGUAUGAUUUUAGCAAUGGCAAAUCCAGAACCGGAGAUAAUGCCUGCAGAUGCAAAAAAAGAAGGUGCAUAUAUAGUUGGUACAGGAAGAUCAGAUUUUAAAAAUCAAGUUAAUAACUCAUUAGCAUUCCCUGGUAUUUUUAGAGCAGCAUUAGAUGUAAGAGCGAAAGAAAUUAAUUUAGAAAUGAAAAUGGCAGCAGCAUAAGCUAUUUCAUAAUUAAUACCAGAUUAUGAACUAUCUCCAGAUAAUAUUAUACCAAGUAGUCUAGAUACAAGGGUACCAAUUGCAGUAGCAAAAGCAGUCGCAGAAUCAGCUAUGAAAACUGGAGUGGCAAGAAUUAAAUGUGAUUUGUAGGAAAUUGAAGAGAAUAUUAGAAAUUUUAUUUUAGAAAGAAAUCUUAGAGGUAUAAAUUCAAAAAUUUGA